AUGGAGUUUCUUCCACCAAUUUUCAUCACUCAAACAUCAAUGUCUCAGCCAGACGAGAAUAUCUCGCCGCCACUCCGUCACCCGUAUCUUACUGGCAACUUCGCGCCAAUUCAUCAAACAACAAGUCUCACUCCAUGCACAUAUAGUGGAUGCAUCCCUCCAGAACUUACUGGUGGUCAGUACGUCCGCAAUGGCGGUAAUCCCGUCAGCCACCAAGAUCUUGGCAAAGAUGCCCACUGGUUUGAUGGCGACGGCAUGCUCUCUGGCGUCACGUUCAGAAAAACGUCCAGAGAUGGCAAGAUUAUACCAGAGUUUGCGAGCCAGUACAUAUUGACGGAUCUCUACUUAUCCAGAAAAACUACUUCUGUCAUGUCGCCGAUUAUGCCAAGCAUCACAACGCUUGUUAACCCACUAUCGAACAUGUUUCAGAUCAUGAUAGCGACCUUCAGGACGAUAUUCCUGGUGAUACUCUCAAAUCUUCCUGGAUCUCAACAGGCCAUCUGGCGCAUCAGUGUAGCCAAUACUGCUGUCUUAUACCAUGAUGGGAGGGCUUUGGCGACAUGCGAGAGUGGCCCGCCCAUGAGGAUACAGCUUCCUUCGCUGGAUACUGUCGGCUGGUUCGACGGUGUUCGAGCCGAGGGAGAGCCCAAGGCCUGUCCAACCAUCAAUCACGACUCUCCUUUCGGUGGCAGUGGCCUCUUCAGCUUCAUGAAAGAAUGGACAACGGGGCAUCCCAAGGUCGACCCAGUAACUGGGGAGAUGCUUCUCUAUCAUAACACUUUCAUGCCACCGUACGUGCACUACCCAGUACUUCCGAAGAGCAACGCAAAGGCUUCCGGGCACAGACUUGUGAAUCAGUUGGUCUUGGGAGUAUCUGGUGCUCGGAUGAUGCAUGACUUUGGGGCUUCUCAAUCUCAUACUAUAAUCAUGGAUCUGCCGCUAAGCCUUGAUCCUCUGAACACUAUGAAAGGGAAAGAAGUCGUGUCAUAUGACUCGACAAAACCUUCACGGUUCGGCGUGUUUCCGCGUCAUCAGCCUUCCAAUGUGCGAUGGUUUCAUGCAGCACCAUGUUGUAUCUUCCAUACUGCAAAUACCUGGGACUCUCAGACAGAUGAAGGGUGUAGCUCUGUCAAUCUCCUUGCGUGUCGGAUGACUUCUUCCACGUUGGUUUAUACAGCAGGUAAUAUCAGGCCACCAGUGAGACCUAAGUCUACUCAAUCACGGGUCUGGUUGGACAAGAAGGGAGAAAAGGCUUGCAGAUAUAGGGAGGGCCCUGGUCUCGAGUCACCAGGUGAAGCAACUGGUUUGGCCGAUUACUUCUCUACCACUGCAGAUUCCGAUGACUACGACCAAUGUCGGCUGUACUACUACGAGUUCGAUAUGGCGACAAAUUCCCAGAACAAAGUCAAGAACCAGUGGGCUCUGUCAACCAUACCAUUCGAGUUUCCGUCUGUCCGACCAGGUCGCGAGAUGCAAGAAGCUCAUUACAUAUACGGCUGUAGCACGUCAACAUCUUGCUUCGGUGUUGCUCUGGGACGAGCUGAUAAGGUCGAUCUUCUUGUCAAGAUGGAUGCAAAGACUCUCAUCAAAAGAGGCAAGAAGAUGUAUACGACUCCUGUCACUGGGUGCGUCGAUAGACGGUCGGUUAGCGAGAUCCUUGAAGAACAGAAGGAGGGUGAUCCUAUAAGAAUAUUCCGUCUUCCGCCGAACCACUACGCUCAGGAGCCGCGAUUUGUCCCACGGGCUUCAUCAACUGUUGAGGAUGAGGGGUAUCUACUCUUUUAUGUCUUCGAUGAGUCCCAACUCCUGCCAUCUGGCGAUUGCCCUCCAUCUGCUAUGUCUGAGCUAUGGAUUCUCGAUGCCAAGAACAUGCGUGACGUCGUGGCUAAGGUCAGGCUUCCGCAACGAGUGCCGUAUGGUCUGCACGGAACCUGGUUUUCGAGUAAGGAUAUCGAAGGACAACGGACUGUGGAGUCUUUGAGAAGUGCAGAGGAAGUGCAGAGGAAGAAGGAGGAGUGGACUAAUGGCGGAGGACGGAUAAGGAAGUUGUGGAUGGUGUUGAGAGAGAAAUUGGAGAGGACAGUUGGAUGA